UUAUUCACAGCUGAUCGCAUAGAUUGCAUUUAAAUUUCUUCAUUUCUAUAUUUUGGUUUUUAUUCCUUUGCACAUAUUUUUUGUUCACAAAUUGGCCAAAACAAAUGGACUAAGUGAAUAUAAGUGAAGUGCAACAAGGAUAGUGAAUCCCAAACAUAUGCAAUAAUUUGAUUCGUCCAACAUGUCCCUACCCCGUAUCACCGACUACGACCUGCUGGAAAAGCUUGGGGUUGGCAGCUAUUCAACGGUCUACAAAGCGCGCCACAAGAAGAACCGCAGUUUUCAUGCCAUCAAGAUUGUCGAAAUGUCGACGUUGUCGAACAGUUCACGCGAGAAUCUGAUUACCGAGAUACGACUACUGCGUUCGCUUAACCACAAAUAUAUUGUGACGCUGGAGGAUUUCUUUUGGGACGAUAAAAAUAUUUACAUUGUGCUGGAAUUUUGCAAUGCUGGUAAUCUAUCUGCUUUCAUACGUUCAAAGAAGGCGCUACCAGAGUCCACAUGUCGCUACUUUCUACGUCAGUUGGCGGCUGCUGUGCAAUAUAUGCGCGCUAAUGAUGUUUGCCACUUUGACUUGAAACCACAAAAUUUAUUGUUGACCCGUAAUUCGAAUGUCGUUUUAAAAGUGGCCGAUUUUGGCUUUGCGCAACAUUUAAAAUUGGGGGAAAUAAAUCAACAGCUGAAAGGUUCGCCACUCUAUAUGGCACCAGAAAUCGUACGCAAACACCAAUAUGAUGCUAAAGCCGAUUUGUGGAGCAUCGGCGUGAUCUUAUAUGAAUGCCUUUUUGGCAAAGCGCCAUACACGUCGAAGAGUAUCGAAGAGCUAUUGCAGCGCAUACGUAACGCCGAGAAAAUAACCAUACCGACGAAUGCAAGCAUUAGCAAUGAAUGCCAUGAUCUACUUUGCCGUUUACUGGAACACGAUCCUGCCAAGCGUAUUUCAUUUGAUUCCUUUUUUGCACAUCCAUUCAUUGAUCUCAAAACGCUGCCAUCAGAGCAUACAUUACAAAAAGCUGCAGAGCUCGUUACCAAAGCCGUCGAAUACGAUGGAAAACAAAAUUACAAAGAGGCUUAUUAUCUAUAUUGCAGUGCGCUGCAAUAUUUUGUGCCACUAAUUACCGAGGAAGCAGAUGCCAGCAAGCGCUUGGCGCUACGUAAUCGUGCACUUACCUACCUCAAACGCGCUGAAGAAAUCAAAAAUGUUCUAAUCGAUGCUGAAUACAAGGCGGCUGCAGCUAAAGAGCAACGAAAUCGCCAGGGCCAGUCUGCGCAGCAAGACCAACUGCCAUGCAGCUCAACGCCACAUUCCGCAACACAGCUACAACCCAGCAUAGCAGAAGUGUUGGAGCCGGAUGUGCGGUACAAGCAGCUGUUUGCGCUCUCACACUCGAGCCCACAGUUAAAAAGUGCUCUGGAAAUUGGACGUCAAGGCGAGCUUUAUUUGUAUGAAAAAAAGUUUAAAGCAGCACUGGAAGCGUACACCUCGGCCUUGGGCAUGUUGGUGCCGUUCACAAAUAAUGAACCAAAGGGCGAGCGCAGAAAUUUGCUUUUACAACAGUUGGAGAUUUGGAUGAAGGAGGCUGAGAGCAUUAAAAGCAUUCUAUCUGCUAAGGAAAUGGUUGAUGAGCAGAAAUUACCAUCGGUGCGCCAUUGUUCAAUACAGUAGUUUUUUUUUUUGGAAAACAAAAAUUCUCGUUGAGUUUUUGAAUUCCGUCGUGUGACACUAGCCGGCGCAAGCUGUAACAAGCGCAUUGAUAUUGAUUAAAUCAAAUUUAAUUAACGCAUAGUGUUCAUGCUUUUUCGUAGCUUUAUACAAUAAAUUAUUAAAUAUAUUAAAGUGUAGACAAAUAUGUAUGUCAAAUAGACACAGUCUGUAGGUAUGUACUGUUUGCAGUAGUAAAAGAAAAUAAAAUUAGAUUUUUGAAAAACAUUUUUUAAUAAGGCCAAGCAAUGAUGCGCAGGCCCGACCACAUUUACACGUAUUACACUAAUAAUAAACACUUACGCGCAUAUUUAUAUUCACGUGCAUUGUUUAAACAGAAAAUUCAAUAUAUGUACAUCUUGGCACUGUGAUGUAGAGCAAAUAUAUAUCUAUGAUUUGUUGGCUUUUACUUUAAAAGUAAAAACACACACCACUGUAAUUGUCGAUCUCGUUUAUGUAGAGUUUCUGUGUAGCAUAGCUUUAGCAUAUGGGACAUAUUUCUGUCACUGUUACGAUAAUACUUUCUUGUUACUUUGUGCUGUUUAUUGUUAUGAAAUCAUACCAUAAAGUAUUUAAUUAUUCUUCAUGCUUGUUAUUUAAUAAAGUUUCAUUUGCGUAC